AUGUUGCUGUUUUCCCUCAGAUCACUUAGUGAUUUAUGUGUACCUCCAACAUUGCUAUAUAAGGAGAAUUCCUUGGAUGCAAUGCAAAGAGGUAUAUUAGAAAUCAUGAGUGAAGCAUUACAACAAUUCCCAGAUGAUGAAGAUAUCUCAACCAAUUGUGUCAGAAUUAUGUUUGGUAUUUCUGAGUUUAUGAAAGAAUCUCAAGAUACUGAGUUAACCAACAUGUUUAUUACAAGGGGAGGAUCUAAUACUGUCGCAAUGGCAGUUAAUGGACUUGUAGAAUCUAAUGACUCUUCUACUUUGGCUUCUAUUUGUACCACUAUUGAAAAUCUCUUUUGUAUUGGUGCACUAGAUUCUACUACUGCUGCAAACUGUCUUGGAAAAUUCUAUGAAAGCAAGUACCUAGGUAGUAGUGAACUUGUUAAGGUAACUGGUGCAAUUUGUGCUAUUGCUCACCGAGAAAGUGGAGUUGCUGCAUUGGUUCAGGCAGGAAUUGGAUCAAAAACUCUUAAUUUUGCUCAUAGUUGGACUAAGUCUGACAAUGAAUCUGCAACCUUAAUAGAAAAUUGUCUUGAAAUUGUUAAGUUAUGUGCUAGUUAUGGUGAUGUACCAGAAGAUGCACUUAAAGCUGUUGUACAUAUUAUUGAUUUAUAUCGUAGUAGAAGAGGUAUCACAGAAAAAGGAGGUGCCUGUUUAGAGUUGUUAAUGAAUCCUCAAAAACUUAUGGAAUGUUUGGUUGUUAUUAAGUCACCCAAUUCUGAUAUUACUCAAAAAGAUGAUGCUUUAACUAUGCUUUCAGCUAUGGCUUAUGUCUCAUCUUUUGCUGAUGAAAUUGUUAGACAAGGAGGUAUUUCCAUGGUUGUUGAAGCACUUAAUCAAGGUGUUGCUGAAUACUCUCAAAGUGGAGAUGAAUUACAUACUGCUAAAUCAAGCCGUAUUAUUAUCGGAUCUUUACGUGUUCUUGCUAGAGUUGCUUCAAAUCCUUCUAAUGUUGAUACAUUAAUUGAAAUUGGAGGUAUUGAUGCAAUUUGUUCAGCAUUCACAACAUGUAUCAACAAUCUUGAAAUAUCUACAGCUGUAUGUCAAUCCCUAUAUCCAUUAUUUGUAAGAGAGACCACUGCUGUAGCUGCUGCAUCUAUUAUGGGAGAUCUCUUACAACUUUUUUAUUCAAAUGUUGAAAAUGAUAAAGAUUUCACAAAAUGUGCUGCAGAUCUUUUGUCAAUUGCCUCUCAACAUGCUCCUCUUGCUGAAGCUCUUAUUAGUGUACAAAGUGUUGAAAUUGUUGCAACAUGUUUGAAUUAUUACUGUGAUGAUACAGCAUACCAAUCUGCUUCUUUAGGAGCUUUGAAUCAUUUAGCUCCUUUUAUUAAAACUUUGCAGCCUAUAUCAGAAUUUGGAGGUAUCUCUGGUAUAGAAAAAUCUAUACUUGAAAAUGUUAAUGAUGAAGUACUUGUUACAACUGCUAUUCAAUUAGUUGAAAAACUUUCUGCUGUUUCUGAUAGUUCUGUUUACUUAAGCCAAGGAGAAAUGGUUAAUGCUGUAUUAGAAGCAAUGCUUGUUCAUAAUUCUAAUGAUUAUAUUAAAGAAGCAGGAUUAAAUAUAUUGGAAAUAAUUGCCACUGAUAAGGAUGUUACUCUUCAUACUAAUAACUUACCAAAAGUUGCAUUAUCUGAUCCAAAUGCAGCAUAUAAAGACUUAGCUGCUAUUGCAGGUUUAUGUAAAGUAUCAUCUUUAGCUCCUUUAUUCUCUAGUUUAAAUAUAUGUGAUGAUAUUCUUGGAUAUGUACGUAAAUGGAUUUCAGAAAAUCCAUUUGAAGGUCAAGAAAAACUCAUUUCUGCAGCUUUUCAAACUGUGAGUACCCUAAAAAUAUCUGAAGCUCAGGGAGAUCUUGGACCCACUAUAGUUCAACUUUUAGAUAUAUCCACACUUCCACAAAUGAAGACUUUUGCUGAAAAGAAUACUAAUGAUAAUCCUGUUAUUGAAAAUAUGAAAGCAGUUAGAAGUUUAAUAGAAGUACAACGUAUUGGAAAUGAUGAAACUGUUGUUAAUGUUGUUAAUGCUCUCGUAUCAACAAUCAGAAAGUAUAUUGAAAACAGAGUUGUUCAGCUCCAAUGUAUUAAAUCUUUUUGUAUUAUUGCUGAAACAGAAAGUGGAGUUAGAGCAGAAAUAGAUAAUGGAGUUAUUAAAGUUUGUCUUGCAUUCCUUCAACGUACAAAAGUACUUUUAGAGUGCCAAAUUGCAGGUUUCACACUUUUAUCUCUUUUGGUUAAAUAUUCUCCAGAUUCUAUUGAAAUCUUACGUAAGUCUGGUGCUAUUGAAAUUGUACAAGGAGCAAUGAGACUUCAUAACAGAAGUUCUGAACUCAGAUUGAUUAUAGCUCCUUUAGCCUUAGCAUUAGUACCUAUUGGAGAAGUUAAAAAGAUUAUAUCUGAAAAAGUUGGUGAAAUUAAGAUUUCUCUUGAUUCAGGAGAUUUAAAGACUAUUCUUCAAGCCAUUAUAACAUGUAAUGAACUUGCUGUUACUCCAGAAGGAUCCAAAUUUACUAUUUCUGAGGGUGUUCCAGGUUUAAUCCCAAGAAUUGAAGAACUAGCAAGUUCUAAACUGAAUUCUGUUGAGCAUGGAAUUGUAGCUCAGAAUAUUCUUUGUGCUUGUUCCACCCUUUGUUCUCUUUUAACUGCUUCCAGACCAGGAAAAGUUGCUCUUGUUAAGAAUAAUGUUACUGUUUCUUUAUUAAAUAUGUACAGAAAUCUUGCUCAGUGUUCUUUAAAUGAAGAAAUUGAAACAGGAUUAGUGGAUAACUUAGUAGCAGUUGCUAAUAUUGUUAAGUUUGAUAUCAAAGCAGCUGAGAAAUGUUUUGAAAAUGGAGCUGUACAGCUAAUUUGUACCAGUUUGGAUAAUUUCCAAGAUAACGAAAAGAUUCUUGGAUCAGCUUGUUCUGCUAUAGCAGCCAUGGCAACUUCUCCAAAAAGAGUUGAAAUUUUAUUAGCUGAACCAUCUUUCAAUAAUUUACUUACCAGGCUUGUAAAUACUGUAAAUGAGAGUUCAAAGGCUGAGGUUAGAAUUAAAUGUCUUAAUGCCAUUAAUGAUUUAAUUAGUAGUCACGAUACCUCUAUAAUCCAAAUUACUACUGAUGUUGGAAGUAUUGUUGCAGCAUUUGGAGUUGUUGAUAAAUAUCCAUCAGAAACACCACAGAUUAGAGCAGCUUGUAGAGUUCUUAAUUCCAUUGGUAAUUAUGUUGAUAUUAGAGCAUACUUUGAACAAGAUCUUCAUAGAUGUGUAGAAGUAGUUCUUAGAGCUUUGGAUGCUCAAAAAAAUGAUGAAGAAGCAGUGGAAGAUCUUCUUAUUUUACUUAACAAUUUGACCAAUUCAGCAGAUAACAAUAUUUUAAGAGAAUGUGCUAUUAUUGAGCUUAUGCAAAAUGUUAUGAUGAUACAUAAUGAUAAUCCUGCUGUAAUCUCAAAAUGUGGUGAGGUUCUUUCAAAAUGUGGAGCUGAUGAAACCAUUAAGAGCCUUAUGGUAAGUAUAAUCAAUACACAACAAGAAAAAGGUCCAGACUGUGCGAGAGAUCUUGAUCAAUUAUGUCGUCAACUUGCUGUAUUUGUUGCAUCUCAGCCAGAAAAUCCUGAGGAUGCACUUCAGUAUACUGAAGCUUGUUUACAAUCCUUAGUUGCAGCAGCAGCGGAAUACCCAACAGAUGUUAGAUUGUUAUCUUCAAUUGCAGUUUUAACACAAAGAAUUACAGAUAGAGCUUUUGAUAAUUCAGAGGAUUCAUUUGGAUCUUGGGCUGUAGCUACUUCUGGAAUGAUGCAACAUAUUGAAGAUAAUUUAGAAGAUACUUCUGGUAAAGCUGUAGCUUCUAAAAGAUAUGUAUGUUCUGGAGUUAGAGUGCUUAGUGGAUGUUUAAAUAACCCAUACACAAGAAACUAUGUUCUUGAGAGAUGUAAUAAUGGUACCUUUUUAAAUCAUGUUGGAGAGAUAUUAGAUAAAUACCAAAGUGAUCCUGAGGUUACUGCUAAAGUUUACGAAUUCAUGAGAAUUUUAGCAGAAGAUCCAACAGGAGCUCAAUAUGUUGCACAAACUCCAAUGGGAGACAUAUCAGCAAUUAUUUCCACAAUCAAGAAACAUCGUAAGAACGAUACUGUUGCUGUUGAGGGGAUGAAACUGAUUGGUAAUCUUGUAGUUAAUGCUGGAGUAGAUCCUUCUUAUAUUUGUUCAAUGAAUGGUCUUAAUGAAUUACAGGGACUUACUGAAGGAUCAAGUAAAGCUGAUAUUAGAGAUUCAGCUCUAUGUGAUUUGAUGACAAAGCUAAUUUCUGCUGGAAAUACAUUUGAAGAUAAGUCUCUUGUUUCAAGACAAAUUAGGAGAUGCAGAGCUUACGAUGAUGAUCAAUCACUUUCUGAACAAAGGCGUGAAGCUGUAGCUGUAGCAAUUUCAAAAUUGAUUGGUUCAGCUACUGAGGCAUCUGAGAAUGGUAAGAUCCAAGGUAUUGAUUCUCCAGCUGAAAUCCUAUCUAUGAUGCAAGCUUACCCAACCUCACCAGAUGUUAUCCGUGAGACAGCCAAAGCUUUAACUCCAAUGCUUAAAGUAAACGAAAAUGCUGCAUCUUUAACUUAUAACUCUGUACUUCCACUUCUUGCAACUUCUGCAUUACCAGUAGUAGCAGCUGAUCCAUAUGCAGCUGAUGCAGUAAGUGAUUUAAUGCUCAGUCUUGCUCAGAUUCAAGGUAUGGGUGUAGAGAUGUCCCAAAAUCAAAAUACUGAUGAUAUCCUUAAUGCAAUAAGUCAACUUGGUGAUUAUUAUGGGGAUGAAUUUGGCCAAGGCUUAAAAGCAAAAGUUGAGGAAAUAAUAAAUACUAUGGCUUCAGAUAUCCCAGCUGAACUCUCUCUAAAGGUUGUUCAUGAUAUGUUCAAACGUAGAGAGGCUGAGGGACUCUCUUUGAGUAUCACAGAAUCAACAUUGGUUGCUGAAAAGAUGGAAUAUCUUGUUGAGACUAUGGCUCAAUUUGUUACUCAAAAAAUGGAUGGACCAACUUCAAUAGAUUUUAAAUUUGGAUGUAUGGCUACUCAAAUUAUAUCAUCUAUCCCUGAGGAUGUUGAAUAUCUGGUAGAGCAUCAAUGGCCAAAGACUAUGUUAUUAAAUAUUCAAAAUCAGGAUUGUGAAACAAAGCAAGCUAUGGCAAGUGCUCUUAUUGAUGUUGCUAAAUCUGAUAAAGCUGCAAUCCAAUGUGCAACUGCUCCAGGUACUGCACAAAUAUGUUGUGAUUUAAUCCAAGAAAUACACGGGAGUGCAAUGGAUGAUCCAAAGAAGGAAGAGUUAAUGAUUGUACGUAUCCAACUUGUUGAAAAGAUUGCAGUUAGUAGACAACUUUUCAUAGGUACUUCAAUGCUCGAUAUAUUACUAUCAAUUUGGGAAGCUUAUGAUAACAAACAUUACUCUUUAAAUAUCUUGAGACACGUCUUUAGAGCUUUAAGGAGAAUUGUAUCCGAUGAAUUUGUUAGUGCUUUAUUAAAUGCCAAUGUCUUAAAGAGAUUAAUUACAAUUAUUAAAGCAAAGAAUGAUAUUGGUGUUCUUCCAGAUGUUUUAUAUUUGUUAGGUUCUUUGGCAAUUAUUCCAAAUAUCAAAUCAGAAAUUGGAGAAAAUGGUGGAAUUGAUUCAAUAUGUGAACUACUUAAAGCUUCAGUUAAAAUGCCUCCAGAACAAAUAUCUCCAACAGUAACAAAUGGUUGUUUAGCUUUGGCAAACUUGACUAUCCAACAUUCAAAUAACAAACAAAUUUUCACCAAGUCUAAAGGUCCAGAGAUAAUUAAGACUCUUUUCAAUUCUUACAUUGGUUAUUGGGAUGUAAUUAACUCUUUGGGUGUUUUGAUAGUAAAUCUUGGGUAUAAGAAAGAUGAGACUAAAAAAGAGCUUGGAUCGUCAGGAAUCCCUGGAGUAAUUGUCAAUUUCUUGAACUCUUAUAAUGGAGAACAAGAAAGAAUCGCAACCAGAGCUUUUAUGUCAGUACUUAAAGCUGUGGCAAAUAUGUGUUUAUAUACUCCAAAUAUCGCAGUAUAUGCUUCAAAUCAUAUUGAGAAUGUUUUCAACCACUUAUUAGAGGUUUCUGGUAAUUUACCAAAGGAAACAAUAUUAAUGGAAUUGCGUACCUUAUGUAAUAUUGCAUCUGAGAAUGAAGCUGGACAACUGGCUUCAUUCAAUAUUCUAAUUGAACCGCUUUUGAAAUUGGUCACAGAAGCUCCGGGAGAUGAUUCAGAUAUUAAAAGAUUAUGUUUUGAUGUUCUCUCUAUGCUUUGCAGAAGUCCAAGUAAUGCAACUAAUUUCUUCAAAGCUGGUGGGACUGAUAUAGUUAUCAAACAGUUACUUAAGAAUGAUUAUGAUACUGGAUUGAUGACUUCUGCAAUUCACCUGUUAUCUUACCAGACCACAGUUCCUGAGCAAAUGGAUUAUUUGGUUUCUGCUGGGAUUUAUAGAGUUAUUAUUGGUAUUGUAGAAGGGAAAGAAGGAAGUUCAGAUCUUAAGAUUGCAGCCUUCAGACUCCUUCGUCGUUGUAUGAGUGAUCCAAGCAAUGCUUUGGACUUCCUUAGUAUUGGUGGAACCCAAUCAAUAUGCGAAUCUAUUAAGAACAGUUCUGAACAGACUCUGGUUCUAGUUGAAGCUAUCCGUGUAUUACUUGGACUUCUUUAUUCAGGAAGUCCAGAUUCAGAUUACAGUGCUGCUGAUGCACCAAAAGGAUAUCAGGUUUGUCAAUUAGAUUUAAAUGAUUGUAAUGCAAUCGUAAAAUCUGUGAAUACUGCAAUUCACAAGGAGGAGAAUGGUAGACAUCUGCGUUUAAUGAGAGCUGGAUUUGGUAUUAUGGCUUAUUUACUUUCUGAGAACUUAUGCAUUGAAUCAAUAGCAAAUUCAGAAACUAUUAAUGUCAUGAGUAAGGUUAUGACAAUUUUUGCUUCUGAUAUUGAUUCUACUGCUUUAAUAUGCCAGUAUAUUUCAUUCUUAAGUAAAUUUGCUUCUGAUUUAGUUCCAGGAAUUGUGAAUGAUGACUUCAGAAAUGCUUUGGAGAAUUCAGCAUCAAAAGUAAAAGGAAAUAGAAAGGACUUUGUUAGUAGUGUGAGUACAGCUUUGUCUUCUGGUGACUACCAAACUUUGUCAGUUCUUUGCAAUGAAUUUGAUUUUGAUAUUACUCACUGGAACGUUGAGCCAUAUCCAAAUGGUGUACAAGACUUACCAAAAGAGACUAAAGACUUCUUAAGAAAUGGUGGCAAGCUUAAGAUAGUUUUGGACGGAAAGUCAAGAGAAGAAUUUUCAUGGAGGGCUUCCCAGGAUUUGUAUAAACUUGAAUGGAAGAUUGGUACUAAGGAUAAUGAUUACAACAAUUCCUUGCCUAUUGGAAAGAUUAGAAAUAUCUGGAAAGGUCUUCAAAGCACAGUUUUGAAGGCUGCAAAUAUGGUUGAACCAAGAAAGAUUACUGGACCUUCGUGUUUUGUUGUUGUUGGACCACCAUCAGAAGAUCAACCUCAAGGUAUGGAGCUUUCACUGAAAGCAAAAUCAAAGAGUGAAAGAGAUGGAAUUAUUGAAAACUUUGUCAUGUGGAGAGAAGCUGCUACUUACCACUAA